AUGUCUAAGCCAGCUGUGGGUUUUGUCGGUCUAGGAGCCAUGGGCUUCGGCAUGGCUACCCACCUCGUCAAGGAGGGAUACCCCGUUCACGGCUUUGAUGUGUUCCCCGCCUCGGUUGAGCGCUUCAAGGCUGCGGGUGGGAUACCCGCAAAUUCGCUGCAGGAUUCUGCUAGCGGGAAGCAGUACUAUGUCUGCAUGGUGGCAUCGGCGCCCCAGUCCGUCGCCGCCGAACUGCAAUCACGCGGUCGGGGAGACAUCUACUUCAUCGACUCCCCCGUAUCAGGCGGUGCCAAGCGCGCCGCCGACGGGACGCUGUCAAUCAUGGCGGGCGCGCCUGAUGCACCCCUCGAGAGCGGCCGGUUCCUUCUCGAGGCUAUGUCGGAUGCGAACAAGCUGUACCUAGUCCCAGGAGGGAUUGGCGCAGGCAGCAAUAUGAAGAUGGUGCAUCAGGUUCUGGCGGGCAUUCAGAUUCUCGGUGGUAGCGAGGCGAUGGGUUUCGCGGCCCAAUUGGGACUGGAUGCAACCAAGACGGCGGAGGCUAUCAAGUCUUCCGAUGCGUGGUCGUGGAUGCAUGAGAACCGCCUGCAGCGCAUGUUAGAGGAGGAUUGGCACCCUGGUGCUAGCGCGCUGACUAUCAUUCUGAAAGACGUGGUAUGUGUAUAA